UCGAGCUGUUGUUAGGUGAAGAUUUGGGAAAAUAAACUUGAGCUCACAACAAUUGCGUACUUGAUCAACUAACUACAUCUCUGCUCUUGCUUACCUUGUUUCACUAUUGACAUCGAGUUAAACUUAAAAUCUGUCUUCUUUAUUCUGGUUAAUAGUAUUGAUAAUUAAUAAUCAAAUUGAUUGUUCAAUUCAGUGAUCUGUCUUUUGGUGUAAAAAUGAACAGGUUAACACCAACUGUCUUGGUUCUUCUCGUGUUGUCUUUCUCAUCAUGGACAGUAGACAGCCAAGAAGCUAAUUUGGACACUUUCCUUGGAGGAUGGUCAUCUAUAUUGGAUAGGUUCAACUCAAUGAGAGAUGAUCUUAUCCAUAGACGGCAUACAAUUCCUGGAAGAUCGGCUUAUGAAAAGGAAGGCGAAUCUCUGUCCAAUUCUGGUUCAUCUGCUGUUGAAUCAUCUGAAGGAACAACUGGUGAACAAGAAUUCAAUCCUGAAAUUGUUGUGGUUGACAAAGGCACUGGUGAACCUUCAAGAGAACCAAUAACACCCAAUUGGCCUUUCAGAGGCAUCACCAAUCCAUGGAUUUGGAAGGGAAUCGAUUCAAUUUUGAUUCCUAGACGACCCUGGUGGAAAGGUCCAAAUGUAUGUAUUGAACGACAAGUUGCCGAGGAAACACCAGAUUCAAAUGAUGCCAAUAAAACUGAAGGAUUUUCUAGUCUGAUACCGUUUACCUUACAAUCAACACAAUGCAUGGAAAGUGAAACCGCCUAUUCUUGUGUCACUAAAAUCCGAAGUCCUAAAGAAAGCAAAACCUCGACCAUUAAAUACCAAUGUUGCCAUGGAUCUCGUCGAAUUGAACCCACUGGGCAAUGUGUUGAGGUUGACUUGAAAAAUAUAACAGCAACUUUGAAGGAGAUCGGUGCUGCCAAAAUGGAAUCAGUUUUCAGUCGAUCAACAUUACCUUUACUUCGAGCCGAUAGUCGAGAAAAUGUAACUAUUUUCAGUCCCACCGAUGAAGAAAUGAUGGAUUAUGAAGAUGAUAAAAAUAAACAAUCGAAUGAAAUUCCAGCAUCCGGAGACGAUACUAAGGAUGUUGAGCCCAAAGAGGCUGAUACAAACGAUCUUGUCAGCCAUCAUAUUGUUAACGGAUUGUACAAAACUGGUGACUUCCAUAACAACAUGGUUCUAUCAACAGUCAACAAUGAAUCAACCAUCCGAAUUAAUGUUUACCAUUAUCCUGAAAAAAUGAUUACUGCCAAUUGUGCACCAAUCACAAUGCCCAACAACUUUGCCUCAAAUGCCGUUAUUCAUCUGGUUGGACGCGUUAUCCCCAAGCCAACAUCAACAAUCUUAAGUUUAAUUGAGAAUGAUCCUCGAUUCACAAUCUUUAUGAGCCUCGUCAAACAAUCUAAUCUUUCAAAUGAAUUGGCUGAUCCUGAUAAGACAAUUACUUUGUUAGCACCAACAGAUGAUGCUUUCCAGAAGCUUGAUCCAUCCGUCUUGAGUCGAUUACAAAAUGGUGGCUCUUGUUAUAACGUUGUUCUUGAAAAUCAUGUUAUUCCAAAUAUUAUUUGCAGUUCAGCCAUUACAACCAUGUAUUGGCAUCGAUCUCAGGCCAACAACAGGAUUGUUUUGACUCGCAAUGAGGACAACAAAUUGUAUGUCAAUGAUGUACCCGUUGAAGGAAGUGAACUACUUGGAACCAAUGGUUUAGUUUACCCCAUCAGUGAUGUACUGAUUCCCGAUAAUGCUAAACCAGUUUCUGCAAAUCUUGCCAAUCGAUUUACAUCUCAUUUCUUGAAGCUUGCCAAUGAAUCGGGAGUAAUCUCAGAGUGGGACUCGAUGGACAAUAUAACUAUCAUCGCUCCAACUAACAAUGCCUAUAAAAAGCUUGAUGAAAAUGAGCAAAACAGCACAACUGAUUUUGGCUAUUAUGUGGCCAAAAAUUUAAUCACUCAAUCAAGCUUUUUCAACAAUAAAAUCAUUGAAACUUCCAAUGGUCAAAAGCUUCGUCUUAACGUAAUUGAAGAGAUUCCCGGUCUAAUAAGCCGAGCAACCAUCCAAUGUGCUCGUAUUGUUCACUUUAAUCGAGAUGUGUGUAAUGGGGCAGUUAUCAUGGUGGACUCUGUUAUAAAACCAGCCAAAGAAAAUAUCAUCACUGCUCUUGAAUCAAUGGAGGGUUUCAAUCUGUUUAGAGCUCUUAUUCGCAACUCUACAUUUGAGAAAAAGUUGACCGAAGAAUCUGGUCCAUUCACCGUUUUGGCAGUCGAUGAUGCCUCACUGAAUCAACAAUUUACUGAAAAGGAAUUAACAGAACUCACAUCUGAUCCUUCAAAGGUUGAACGUCUUCUCCAGAAACACAUUUUACCAGAAAUGAUCUGCUGUUCAUCCAUAAGACAGGCUCCAUUGUUGCUCAACUUCCAAAGAUUCCGAGUAAUGGAUGGUUCCACAUUGAAUGCUCAUCGUGAUCUUCACGGAAAUGUUAAAUUCUGGUCACCUGUGAUUAAUGGUAUGGCCACUGUUAAGAAAUGUGAUGUUAUGGCCGAUAAUGGAGCUGUCCAUGUAAUCAACCGAGCUAUUUAUGGUGGAUCAAACCGAGAAGUAAAUGGUGAACCAGAGCCACACAUGAAUCAUCAACUUGGAAACAUUCCAUUAAUUAUCCAAGGCUUUUGGAAAGUCUAAAUGAAUCAAAAUCGCUCUGAUAAUUAAGUCUUCGGGUCACCGUCGAUUAACAUGAUGAACAAAAGUAAACUUGGAUCAAGCUCUCGAGUCUUCUUAAUAUCGAUUUUUUUCUAAACAUUCUUAUUUAUUGACUGAUCUCUCUAUGCAUGAAAUCUCUAAUUUACUUUCUAAUUUGUAAAUAACUGAUCACUUCUUUCAAUAUUUUACAUCCAAAUUUCCCGAAGCGAUAGUUUUUUGUCCCAAAAUUGCUGUUCAUUUUCUGUCGGAUCUUUUUUAAUGUUAACAUUGCAUCGCAAUCAUCUUGUUUAGUAAGCAUGAUAGCAAUAAUAAAUCGUUGUUGGAUUAAUCAGGGAAAAUUAAGGUUGUAAACCGAAAGGUGUUAAAAUUGAUUAACAAAGUAAACAUGAUACAAUGUAUGUCAUUGACUCGAAUUGAAUUUAAAUAUAAAAAGUCAAUUGAA